UAUAAAUUCUAAAUUCACAAGAGAGGUGCUCUCUGGUGGUGACAGAAAUGGCAGUGAGGGCGGCGGUUUCCGCUAAUUCUCGAGUUGGAAUGGGAUUAUUAAGAAAGGCUUUCAGCUCUUCUUUUUCCACCCUUCUAUCUCAAUUUAAGCCUCCUCCCGCCGAACCCUCUACAAAUCUAUUCGUCUGUGGACUAAACAAACGCACUACAAGUGAAGGCCUACGUGAUGCUUUUGCUAAAUAUGGCGAAGUUGUCCAAGCUAAAGUUAUUACUGAUCAUGCUACUACACUCUCUAAGGGUUUUGGUUUUGUGAAUUAUGCAACAAUACAAGAUGCUGAAUUAGGGAUGAAAAGCAUGGAUGGCCAGUAUUUGGAUAAUUGGGUUAUAUUUGUGGAGUAUGCAAUACCAAAAGGUUCUUUCCCCAAAUGAAGCAUGCAACGAACAGAACAGGAGUGGAGAGAGUGGAGCAAUUCAUGCACUCCUUGAUGACUGGAUAGGAUCAUUCAUGUUUCCAAUUUAUUUUUUGAUUAUUCAUCUUCGUGUAUACGAAUUUGGCUGACAUGUUCAAAGCACUGAUUGAAUGCUGCUAGUUUCAUCACCUAGGGCGGUGUUCGAUUUGCAAGAUAAAAUAGUACCAAGAUAUAAUUUAGGAUUGAGGUGUGAGAUUAUUUUAGUCAUAGGGGGUUAGCUAUGACUAAUUAUCCCAUGAUUGUUCAUUUAGGAUUAAGUUGUGGGGUUGAAUCUCAUGAAUCAAACACGCUACAAAUUUAAUCUCGAAUACAAUCUUGCAAACCGAACACCUCCUAGGAGUAUUAGAUAUGCCUUCUCUCUCAAUGUGUAAGUAAAUAUUUCUAUUUCUAUUUUAUUCUCUUUUUUACUUUA